AUGAACCCUAUCAAUCAAACAGAUUCUUUCCUAAUCCCUCAUAAUUCCCAUUAUCCUUCGCCCAUUGAUAAUGAAACAACCUUGGAAACGGUCCUUCUUGUGCCGAGUACUUUCGCAACUCAGAGCGAAUGGGAUCUUGUUGUCCCUUUUCUUUUGGCUAAAGGGAAGUACCAUUUGAUAGUCCCAGACUUUUCCUGUUUCAGAGAGAAAACCACACCAGGGUUAGCAAUCGCUAAUUUUUCUCAACCAUUCACAAUUCAGAAUGCAUCGUCUCUUUUGGCUCAUCUUGUAACUGAGGUUGCGAUCGACGGGAGAGCCAAAGUAGUGGGUCUAAGCUUGGGGGCUAUAAUAGCCAUCGGAGUCGCAUCUAUACAUCCCGAGAUCGUGAAUGGGGCCGUGUUUGUAUCUGGAUACGAGGUGUAUCCCCAUCUUUCUUCUGGUGGUAUGGCACCAUAUGGGUUGUGGUUAUUGAAUAGAUUAGAAACGCUCAUCCCAAGUACGGUAGUUAGUUGGGCAAUGGAUGGGGCAGACUUACAGAAGAAUCUGCAACCUGAAUCCAAGAAUGGUCUUUCUUUGUGCAAAGAGAUUAUCAGGUGUCUAUCUGGGAUUGAUUCCUGGCCCCCAAAACCAUGGCCCUCACGAACUAUGGUGGUAGCUGCCGGAAAGAAGAAUUGGUAUCUUCCCUCUGCAGAUCGAGCUGACGAUGCAAAGAAAUUAGCUGAAGUUGGAAAGUGUAUGAACAAUUCAACCGUAGCCGUGGUUCACCCACUAAUGAGGCAUCCCUGGCAUAGACAAGCACCCGAACUUUUCGCUGAAGCAGCUUGGAUCUGGUUCGAGGAAGGAAGAAUAAAGGAGGGUUUCAACCUCUUAUAA